UAUUGAUCAUAAAUGGAACCUAACAACAUAGACUUCAUGUUUGCGAAGAAAAAGAAGAAGAAAACCGUCUUUGAACGCUUCCACCAGGAGAAAGAGAAAAGAAUGUUUGAUAGCAAGAAAGAUCAGGCGAUUCUUCUCAUCCAGAACUUCUGCAGGAGUUAUCUCAGUAACACUCAUGUUUUUGAAUCGAUUACCAUGAGCGAGAAGGUAGCUUGCACUGAACCCCAUUGUAAAUAAGCUUGCUGAGAAGAUGUCUAAGUAUAAGUGCAAAUGUAUCUUCUCUAAGAAGUUGAAAAUGAUAGAAAAACUUGAGCAAAAGAACAAAUCAAAAAUUAGUAUAAAGAUCAUCCUGAAGCUUCUCAGUGAAUUUAAUCUACUAGCACAGGUUGCUCCUAGACCAAUUCAGUAUAAUAAAUUAAGGAAGAAAGUACGCAGGUUUGGUGGAACCACCUCUACUUUGAAGAGGACUGAGAUUAUGUACUCAGGAGAACUGUUAGAAAUGCUCAGAUUUCUUCAGGAAACUGGAGCUGAAGACCAAUACACUGAUUUACAAAAUAGUAAACUUUAUCUAAUUUGUGAGAGAAUACUCAGGAUUUCAGACCAAUCUAGCAAGGAAGCUCAAGAGCAGAGAAUUACCAGUUUUAAAUUCCUUAAAGAUUUUAUUUCUAAUCUGCUUGAUAACUUCGAAACGAUGAAUACUCAAAUCAGAUGACAGAUUAUAAAAUUCUUAUUUCAGACAACUCAGAUUAUGAAAGUGCUGAUAUUUGAAAACACUGAGGAAAAUUUGAUGAAUAAGGAAGCUUUCCUCGUCCUCAUAGUCCAAUUGUUACAACCUCUUGACAAGCUAUAUAAGAUGCUGAGAAACUGUAUCCUUAUGAACACAAAAGGGUUGACUGACCUGACAGUGAGCCAUAGAUGGAUGAUUUAUCAUUCAAUAAUUCUAUCAAAGAACUUAUUUACCUUGUUCCAGUCCCAAAAUGAUCUGGAGAGGAAGGCUGAGAAGGAGGAUAAGCUCAUUCCUCCGAUUAAAUCUAACCUGAGAUAUGACUCACUUGUAUUCCUGAAUGAAGCCUUUGUGAAUGAGAUCAUAUCUAUCCCAAGAGUUGGUAGUUUCAUGUAUGUGAUGCUGAAGAAAGAGAAUUUUGAUAACGACGAUGAUGAAAAUGAAGCUAAAUGUUACAAGCAAAUGCUUGGCCAGAUUGAUGAUUUAAACUUUAAGAAUCUGUUUAAUUCUUUUUAUUUCUCAAAAGAAUCCAGGAUUACUGAUGAAAAUCCGUAUGAAGAAGAGAAGAUCGAAACUAAAUCUGAAAGUGAAGGAAAUUUGCUUGCUGAGAGCAUGAAAAGCGAGAAGAAAAUGUUCAUUUUUGCCAAUAUUUUUGUACUUUUGAAUAAAUAUUUCAUCAAAGUAGAGCACAAUAGCAUUCCUUCCGCAUUGAUUGUGCUUGAUAAGACAGUUAUCCAUUUACCAGCAAAGUUAUUCUCAGAAGAAGAGAAUUACUUAGAUAGUAAUUUCAACAUGUUCCUCUUGAAAAAUCAACUAAAUUACUUAGUGGACUCAAGUACAGUGAGGAAGCUAUUCUCCCUAGUACUCCCUCAAGACAAUGUUUCAGAAAGUGAUAUGGAUUCAGGCAGCUAUAAAGAGACUAACCCUAGCUCUGUGAUGUCUCUUUGUAAGAUAUAUGCUAUGCUAAUGAUGCUAUCACUUAAGAGCCCGAGCUUAAUGCUGAACGAGAAGCAUCUGAAUUUCUCAGACAUCAUCUCAAUAGGGCUUGCUUUCAAGCCUGAUUUGUUGUACUCCCUUUGGAACUUUAUUAACUUAUACUUUGACCCUGAAAAUUACUCUCAUAAAGAAGAGAGUAACAAGAAGGAGUAUAACAUGUACGCAUACCUAAUUUGUAUCUUCAGUCAGUCUAUCAUCAGAAAUCUGUGGAUUUCUUCUAUUGAAGACUUUAACAGAGAAACAAAGUUCUCGAAGCAUGACGUCAUAAGAAUUGUGGCUGUCCUUAAGCAGUUUGUAGUAGAUACAAUUCUUUCAGAGAGAAUUAGAUUUGAGCUUGACAAGUUCAUCUUAAUGACCUGCUCAUCUCUUCUCAGGCUACUUUUUGAUAUGUUCAUUAAUGAGCUUGAAGAUGAUGAUAUGGAGGAUGACCUAUUCCAUAUUAAGGAUAUUGCCUGGGAAACAAUCACUGAGGAAGAUCAUCUUAGUGAGAAUAUAGUUGAACUGAUCCAUACUAUCCCAGAAUGAGUUCCUUUCAGAGUCAGAGCUAUUCUAUUCAACCAAUAUGUCUCAAAUGAGAGAUAUAAGUAUAAAGGCAAUCGCUACAGGUUGAAGAUUAAUAGAGAUGAAAUCUUUGAGGAUGGGUUCCAGACUCUUUCCCAAGUUGAAGACCUCAGAGGCACCUUAAUAAUCACAUUUGUAAAUCACUACGGUAUUGAAGAGGAAGGGCAAGAUGCUGGAGGUAUCUUCAAGGAGUUCUUAGUUGAAAUAUCGAAGAUCAUAUUUGAGCCAAACUUUGGAUUCUUCACAAAAACUGAAAUAGAUGAAGACCUCUAUCCAAAUCCUCACAAUUCAUUAUUUGAGCAUCUUUCAGAAGAUACGAUUUUGCAAUAUUAUAAUUUCUUCGGGAAGAUUCUUGGAAAAGCAAUGUUUGAUGGAAUCCUGAUCGAGCCAAAAUUUGCCAAAUUCUUCUUGAAAAAGCUAGCGAACAAGAGUAACAUGAUUUCAGACCUGAAAUCUCUUGAUAAAGAUCUCUUUAAGAACUUGAACUUCUUAAAAACUUAUGAGGGAAGUUUUGAAGACUUGUGAUUAGAUUUCUCCUGACAGGAAAAGGAUGAAAUCACAGGUGAAAUGGUUACCCACAAUCUCGUUCCUCAUGGUUCAGACAUCCCUGUCACCAGAGAGAAUAGGUUCAAGUAUGUAUACUUAAUGAUGGACUUCAAGCUUAAUAGAAGGAUUAUUGAUAAGCUUAAUGCAUUUUGUAAAGGAUUCCACUCUAUCAUCCCUGUAUCUUAUCUUAAAUUAUUCACUGAAGAUGAAAUCCAGAAAUUGAUCUCUGGAACCUCAUCAACAAUCAACGUUGCUGAAUGGAAGAAAUAUACAAAAUAUGUAGGAGGAUUCAAGCCCAGCAGUAAGAUGAUCAGGAUGUUCUGGAAAGUAGUAGAAAAUAUGCCAGAAAAAGAAAAGUCCCUCCUUAUGAGAUUCGUUACUAGUUGUCCUAGACAGCCCUUGAUGGGUUUCAAAUACAUGGAACCUCCAUUCACCAUUUCAAAGGUAGAAUCAGUGAAGGACUCCAAGUUACCUUCAGCGCAGACAUGAUUUAAUAUCCUAAGACUCCCCUACUAUUCUUCAGAAAAGAUGAUGUACGAGAAGAUACUGAUAGCGAUAAAGUCUGGAGCUGGAUUUGAAAUGGCAUAAGUAUAUCUAAGGUUCAAU